GGGUCAGUAUAUUUCAUGGGUCAAGAAGAAUUAACUGAAAUUGGUAUACGAUUUGAUAAGCCAAUUCCAGGGGGCACUGACCUGAACGGCCUAUGCAGAGCAGAGCACGGUUUUCUAUGUAAAGAAGAUGAACUUCUCUUCGAAAUUACUCAUAGGGAGACGAUGGACUGGCCGUCCAUAAAGCUGCAAAUCAAUGCACUAUUUAAGGUUGUCAGAUGUGAAAGUAGAAAUGGUCCUAUUAUACUUUUCAUCAAAGAUCUUGAAAAGUGGAAAGACGAUCCAAAUGUUUGGAUUGCUUUGCAGAGCGAGUUGGAUACACUGAUGGGUUCUGUUGUGGUUAUCUUUUCACACAUUCAAGAUAAAAAGAAAAAGGGUAAUAUGGAGAAGCUACUUUCUUUACUCAAAAACAAAGUGAUAGACAAAGUGACUGUGGAACCACCUUGGGUACAUAAAUGUUUGUUUGGAUAUAUUUCGUACAUAAUGUUUUUUCUUUUCAAGUUUUAG